UCUAGCGGAGAUCAGCUAACGCCUUAUCCCGGUGUGAACGCCUCCUGUCCCGCUGCCCCUGGGGCCAGAGGGCGGUCGUUAUCCUCGAGAUCGCGAGUCGACGUGGUUGGAGCGGGGUUUGGUGCUCGCACUGGUCACCUUCACCUCUUCCUAGCUUGUCCUGUGGGCCUCCGCGCCUUAGGGUCGGUCGCUCUGGGUCUGAGAGGGUCGCCCUGAGAUCGGCCGGGGGAACCUAGGGGCCGAUUCCCGCUCCGGACCCUGAUGGGAGGCGGCGGCGGCGGGUGCAGCGGCCUGGGAUGUUCAGUCUGAUGGCCAAUUGCUGCAGCUGGCUCAAGCGGUGGCGGGAGCCCGUCAGAAAGGUGACUCUUGUGAUGGUGGGACUUGAUAAUGCUGGUAAAACGGCCACAGCAAAGGGAAUCCAAGGAGAGCACCCUGAAGACGUAGCUCCUACUGUUGGAUUUUCUAAAAUUGAUCUUAGACAAGGAAAGUUUGAAGUUACUAUAUUUGACUUAGGAGGUGGAAAAAGAAUUCGAGGAAUUUGGAAGAAUUAUUAUGCUGAAUCCUAUGGGGUAAUAUUUGUUGUGGAUUCCAGCGAUGAAGAGAGAAUGGAGGAGACAAAGGAGACAAUGUCAGAAGUGCUAAGACAUCCUAGGAUAUCAGGAAAACCUAUAUUGGUUUUGGCAAAUAAACAAGACAAAGAAGGGGCUUUAGGUGAAGCUGAUGUGAUUGAAUGUCUUUCUCUGGAAAAACUUGUCAAUGAGCACAAGUGCCUGUGUCAAAUAGAACCUUGUUCAGCAGUUCUGGGAUAUGGAAAGAAAAUUGAUAAGUCCAUUAAGAAAGGCCUUUAUUGGCUACUACAUAUUAUCGCGAAAGACUUUGAUGCUUUGAAUGAACGCAUCCAAAAAGACACAAUAGAGCAACGUGCUCUAGAGGAACAGGAGAAACGAGAAAGGGCUGAGCGAGUGCAAAAAUUACGAGAGGAAAGAGAACAAAGAGAGCAAGAGCGAACUGAACUCGAUGGAACUGGUGAUAUGGCUGAGAUGGACCCAGUGCCAGUUCUUGUUAAUCCUUUCCAGCCAAUAGCAUCUGUAAUCAUUGAGAAUGAAAAAAGGCUUGAAAGAGAAAAAAAGAAGCACACAGUGGUGAGGGACAGUGAUAGUAGUGACUGCUACCUGAAACAUAAAAUGGAACAUGAACAAAUAGAGUCGAAGUGCCCGAUUGGUGAUAAUAUCCACAAAAACAGUGAAUCCGAAAGAGUAGAAAAAUGUAAGGAGGCAAUAAUACAGCGGUUGGAAAAUGAAGAUGAAACAGACCAACAGUCUUCGGAAUCUGAUACUAGCAAAAAGAAAACUAAGAAACUAAGAAUGAAAAGGAGCCAUCGGGUAGAACCAGUUAAUACAGAUGACUCUGUUCCUAAGAGUCCAGCACCACCGCCACCGCCUCCUCCUGUUGGCUGGGGAACCCCCAAAGUCACUAGACUUCCAAAACUUGAGCCUCUUGGUGAAACCCGUCAUAAUGAUUUCUAUGGGAAGCCGCUGCCUCCACUGGCUGUGCGACAGAGACCUAACAGCGAUGCUCAUGAUGUUAUUUCAUAACCUAGUCAAGUGCACUCGCUCUCUUAGCAUUAGAAAGGGAACUGGCGCCUUCUUAUUUGUAAAAGGAGAACAACCCUGAGCAUUGAUGAUUGCAGUAAGUAACGGAUUUUAAUCUGAAGAAAAAAGAGUCAAGACCCUAACCUGAUGAUUUGCUUCUCCAUGAUCAUCACAGAUAAAACAGGAAGGAAACAAAAUGACAAAUAGAUUGUAUGAGCAUUCAGAUCAAGUUAGCAAGAUUUAGUGUUGACAUUCUGGUUUACACAUCCUGCUGAUGAGCAUAUUCCUGACGGAAAACCUCCUCAGAAAUAAGAGACAGUGGACAGUGGACAGAAUACUUUAUUUACUAUUUAAUAGUCUGUAUUUCUAUACAAUAAACAUUUUUUUGUAAGAUACGUAUGUAUGGAAGAGGAAUUCCUGGGGAUUUGGAACUACAUUUUUAACUAUUUUUAUAUUUUUCUAAGCUUUUGUUUAAUUGCUAUUGUAUUCAUCGUGCACUUUUCUGCAGAGAUUGUGUUUAAACUGUGUCUGGAAUAUAGAGUUGAUUGAUUGACAGACGUGAACUCUACAAACAGGAUGUAUUUAUAAAGCUUGAGUUAUGUUUUGUGAUAGCAUUCUUGAAGAUUCCAUUUUCUUUUUGGCCUAAUUUUAAAAUAUUUUCUAUAAAAGCAGAUGUUUAUUGUAGUAAACUAUGUGUACCCAAAGAGACAGUUUGAUUUCGUGGUUAUUUUUCUUGUUUUCUUUGGUGUUGCUCCCAGUCAGUGGACUUGAAAUACUCCUUUUUACCUAAUUAAAAAAGCAUUAAAGUUAUAUAUCAUAUAGUGUUUUGUGGAACAUUAUCCUAAGAUCCAGUGGACCCUUGUUUCUAGAACCAGACACUUUUAGAGGUCAUGGUGUUCCAGGCCAUCCUGUCAGAAGCUGCAGUGACUUUUCUAGUUCUUUCUUGACUUAAAUUUCAAGACAAAAAAGACUUAAAAGGCAUCUGAAGGUCCAAAUGUUUAUAUUUUGCAACAAAUAGUUUGGAUAUCAAAGCAAUAAGAAUAAAAGUUAGCUCAAAUACUGUCUAUAGAGAAAUAAUUUCUCAAUUUAAAAAAAAAUAGCACUUUUUUUGUACUUGAGAGUAUCACCAGAUCCUCUAUUCAUGUUUUCAAGCUUUUACAUAGAUAUUUUGAGUGAUGAUAUCAUAAUGUUACAUUUAUUUGAAAAACUGACUUAUAUCAAAGGUAAAAUUGGAUAAACACAGUAAUUCUCAAGUCACUUUGCUAAGAUUGUUGUAUUUAGUAACUUUUAUUGACAACAUAUAGGCACCAGUGUAAGUACAUCUAAGGCAGUUUCAUAUGGCUAAAAUUUUACUU